GAUAAUAAAAAAAAAAGGCACAUAAAACUCGGCCUCCGCCACCACCAUAAAAAGCUCUGCCCCCUCCCUUCUCUUGUAGUCAGCGUCGUUCAUAUUCCCACUCCCAAAAGCUAAAAUCUCUCUCUCUCUUCUGUCUCUCUCAAGCUCUGACUCUUGAAAAUUUUGAAAACCCCAAAUUCCCAAUCCAUCGUUAAUCAAAGAAAAGCCCUUAAUCAUGGAGUCUCUUCCUUCCGGUUACCGCCCCAACAUUGGCGUUUGUCUCAUCAACUCUGAUAGUCAGGUUUUUGUGGCGUCUAGACUGAAUGUUCCAGGAGCGUGGCAGAUGCCUCAGGGAGGUAUUGAGGAUGGUGAAGACCUCAAACUGGCAGCUGUUAGGGAACUGAAAAAGGAAACUGGAGUAGUGUCUGCUGAGAUCGUCGCCGAGGUACCCAAAUGGUUGACUUACGACUUUCCUUCUGCUGUUAAGACGAAAGUCAAUCGUCUCUGGGGCGGACAAUGGCAUGGACAGGCUCAAAAAUGGUUUCUUAUGAGAAUGACGAAAGACGACAGCGAGAUUAACUUGGACAACGAUGAAGCCGACGUAGAAUUUGCAGAGUGGAAAUGGGCAAGCCCCGAAGAGGUUAUCGAACAGGCUGUGGACUACAAGAGACCAACAUAUGAGGAAGUAAUGAAGACUUUUGCAGCAUACCUCGAUGGAAACAAGAUAUCUACCAAAUGUAAAUCAUCAAAGUGGUGAAUGGUGAGGAACAAUGGUGUUCUUACCUCAAUUUUUACGAAGGAAAGGAAGAAAGAGAUGGAUUUGUAAAUGGGGCAACAGCUAGCUACAAGAACUGCUUCCUUUUAUGAUUUUGUUUCAAUAAUUGAAAUUUUGUCGAAUUGCUUUAACAGUUUGUGGGGGAAAUAAUUGUGGUGUUUCUUAGGAGAUUUGCAGAUCUGUGUAAAGAAAAGGGAGGUAGUGAAAUGAAAUUGUAUCAAAACUGUGUGAACUUUGUGAUAUUAAUUAAUGUAACAAGCUUUCGAAA